AUGAGGUUGUGGGAUGAACAAAACCCACCUACAUGGCCUGGGUUCGAGACUACAGACCAGCAACCCGCCUUCCGAGCAGAGGAGGUGGGAGAGCUUGCGGACGACAUUGUCUCCGCGGAUGAGUUUUCGGCCAAGAUGAUUGGCAUCGAAGUCGGCAAGCUGGAGCGCCAAGCUUCAGAGAAGAAGCGCGAGGCUGAGGAGAAGAAGCGCGCUCUGGCUGCCGACGAGAUGAAAGCUUGUCUGGAGAAGAUUCGUUCGAGGCAGGUUGAGCUGAAAGAGGCGAAGGCGAAAGCCAGGAUUGAGAGGGGGGUUAUGUUUACGGUUGAGGAGGCUUUGGUCUUGUACAAGAAGGGGGAGGAAGAGGGUUUCCCUCUGGAUCUUCAGCUGAGGCGAUCUCGGAUGGAAUGA